AUGGCCGCUCAUCCACACGUUAACCGUGCUGCAGUGGGGUUUGGCCGUCCAAAGCAUAUUGUCAUAGUCGGUGGUUCCCUUGGAGGACUCUUCACUGGCGUGGCACUCAAGCAGCAUGGCUUCGAUACAACUAUCCUCGAGCGCAAUCCCACUAAUCUCCUCAAGAACCAAGGCGCUGGCAUUGUGGCGGGCGGCGACACCCUCGCUUUUUUCGAUAGAUAUGACCGAUGCAAGAGACCCGUUGCUGUUGAGUCGCUAAAACGUGUGUAUCUCGAUCAAUCUGGUCAGAUCGUACACGAGGAGGUAAUGAAACAAACGAUGACGAGCUGGGAUUUGUGCUACUACAUGCUGCGCGCAAACUACGAUCAUCAGGAAAGUGGUUAUUGCCAAGUGGCUGGACCGCAACCAGGUGAUGGCAAGAUAGAUUAUAGGUAUGGCUGUACAGUCACGGAUUUCAAGAAAGAAGGAGGCAAUGUGACGGUGAUUUAUACCAAUUCCCAAGGCGAAAAGGAGAGCAUUACAUGUGAUUUUCUCGUCGGCGCUGACGGCCCAAGUUCCACAAUCAGGAAGAUCCUCUGCCCAGAUGUGGAGAGGAAGUAUGCCGGAUAUUGUGUCAUCAGGGGCACUGUUCCAGAGCAGGAGGCAUCUGAUCAAGCAAAAGGCGCAUUCAUUGAACGCUUCACAUUCUUCCACUCUUCAGGGAUCCAAAACUUGACGUACACAAUACCCGGCAUCAAUGGAGCCAUGGAAAAGGGCAAGAGACUACUCAACUUUGUGUGGUAUACAAACUUUCCCGAGGGGAGCGAAGAACUCGAAAAGGUCAUGACAGACAAGUCAGGCAAGAGAAAAAGAAUAACUAUUCCACCUGGAACAAUGACCGAUGAGGCUUGGGAGAUGGUAAAGAAGAGAGGUCGAGAUCGUUUACCACCGCAAAUGUCCGAAAUGGUCGAGAAGACCAAACAGCCUUUCGUCCAGUGCAUCACCGAUGUCAUUACACCGACAAAUUCUUUUAUGGAUGGUAAGGUCGUUCUCAUUGGAGACGCUUUGGCUGGAUUCAGGCCACAUACCGUUGCUUCUACAGGCCAGGCCGCAUUCGAUGUCUUGAUGUUGGUUGAAUACCUGAACUCAGGUAACCACAAAGAAUUUGUCAGAAGGACCGUCGAAUUUGCCAGACUGAUUCAACACCGAGGCGUUUAUAUUGGAAAUCGGGGCCAGUUUGAGAGCCUGCCGCUCAAAGAUUAUAUCGAGGAUCGAAACAUGAUGUCUAUUCCGAGGGAAGAUUUAGAAUUUCCUGCAUGGUCCCAGAUCUAG